AUGCUGUAAUUACUUGAAUAGAAUAUAAGAUCAGAAGAAGAGUUGCAACUUAUAUAAAAUCAAUUGCAAGAUUAUGAGAAUUUGUAACAGUUAGCAGAAACAAUAAAAUUUAUCUUCUGUAAGCUGAAAAAAAAAUUUUAAGGAACUAAUAAUUAUUAGAAAUUUUUCAGAUGUGAAUCAAAACCUGAGAACUAUUAAAAAUUAGAAUAGGCAAUUCAAAAAUAAGAAUAAGAAAUAAGAAUUCACAUUAGAGUAUGAUCAUAUGAUAUAUAGAUUUAGUUAGACAUAACAUGA